UUUUUUUUAUCAUUUUGUUGAUUCGGGCAUCAUGUUUAUUCUUCAAAAUAGAUGGAUUUGAUGCUUUUUUCCUACUAUGUUAACACUAGGUGUUGAGAAGAAAUGGCCUCAUAUCUAUGCAGGUUAGCCAUACACCUCCAACAUUUAUCAAACACUCCGGUGAUGCUCGUGGACAAGAUAGAUGAUGCCUUAGCUUGGCGAGGAUCAGAAGAAGUUUCCGAUGAUCGGUACUUUGAAGCAAUCCAAUGGAAAAAAUUUUCCCACAUAUGCACUGCUCCUGUAAAAUAUGAUCCCAGAUGGGCAACCAGAAAAGAUUCCGUAUUCAUCGUCACUGGAGCUCAACUCCACGUAAAAAAGCACGAUUCAAAGACUGUUCUACAUCUUCGACUCUUGUAUUCGAAGGUGUCGGAUUCUUUCAUCGUUCACUCCAAUUGGGUGCAAUGCUCAUCGGAAACUUCUCAGAAAUCAAGCUUCUUCUCUGCCAUAAAUAUGUCGAUUUCUGGGAAUGUGCAGAGAGAGAAAAAACCAGCAGUCUUGGUGGAUUCCGGCGUGUAUCCAACGGGGCCGCCAAUGCAAGUUCAGACACAGAAACUGUUGAAGAUAGUGGACUUGUCUGAGUUGUGUAGAGGGCCACUAGAUAGUCCUGGACAUUGGCUGGUCACAGGAGCUAAGUUGGAUUUGGAGAAGGGGAAAAUAUGCAUACGUGUAAAAUUCUCUUUGUUGAAUAUAAGUUCAUGAAGAGUGGAAAGCAAAAUUUGCAGUAUACAGAGUAUUUGUUUUUCUGUGCUUGUGUACAGUAUGAGACCACUGAAGAAAUUGCCACAGCGUUAUGUGGAGGAGGUCUGGAAAGUAGUUAUUUUUGCUUUAUAACUUCAUACAGAAACGACCUGUGUAUACACAAAGUUUCAACUAGUAUAAGCCUUGAUUCUUUCUUUUGUUUUUUUGGUUCCUUUCAGGUAGGUUUCAAUGUUGGUUCCCAGUAGUUAAUGAGUAAAGUAUAACAAUCCCAAUUUUUUACAUUGAAUAU